AUGGAGAAUAGAACAGAAGUGACAGAGUUUAUCCUCUUGGGAUUAACAGAUGACCCCAAUCUUCAGAUACUCCUCCUCCUGGCAUUUUUAUUCAUCUACCUCAUAACCCUGCUUGGGAAUGGAGGAAUGAUGGUGAUCAUCCACUCAGACUCCCAUCUCCACACUCCAAUGUACUUUUUCCUCAGUAACCUCUCCUUUGUAGACUUGGGUUACUCAUCAGCUGUAGCCCCCAAAACAGUGGCUGCAUUGCAGUCAGGGGACAAGGCCAUCUCCUACAAUGGAUGUGCAGCUCAGUUCUUCUUCUUUGUGGGGUUUGCCACUGUUGAGUGCUACCUCCUGGCCUCCAUGGCCUAUGACCGCCAUGCAGCGGUAUGUAGGCCUCUUCAUUACACCACCACCAUGACAGCAGGUGUGUGUGCUCUCCUUGCUACUGGUUCCUAUGUCUCUGGCUUCCUCAAUGCCUCUAUCCAUGCAGCAGGCACCUUCAGACUCUCCUUCUGUGGUUCUAAUGAGAUUAAUCAUUUCUUCUGUGACAUUCCCCCACUCCUGGCUCUCUCAUGCUCUGACACGCGCAUCAGCAAGUUGGUGGUCUUCUUUGUGGUGGGCUUCAACGUCUUUUUCACCCUCCUGGUCAUCCUCAUUUCUUACUUCUUCAUAUGCAUCACCAUUCAAAGGAUGCGUUCUGCUGAAGGGCGGAAGAAAGUCUUCUCCACCUGUGCUUCCCAUCUCACUGCUGUGUCCAUCUUCUAUGGCACAAUCAUCUUCAUGUACUUACAGCCCAACUCCAACCAGUCCAUGGACACAGACAAAAUAGCCUCUGUGUUUUACACAGUGGUGAUUCCCAUGCUGAAUCCCUUGAUCUACAGCCUUAGGAACAAAGAAGUGAAAAGUGCUCUCUGGAAAAUACUCAACAAGCUUUACCCCCAAUAUUAA